AUGAGUGGUGAUGAAUGUGGUGAAUCAAAAGAUUCCAAUAAUAUUACCAAUAAUGCGCUACUGAAUUGGGAUUCCAAUGUAAAUAAUUGGGAAGACUGCCAUAAUUGUGCCGAAAAUCGAAGAGGUUCAACUGCGAGUAGCACAGAAGAAUCUCCGCCAUCCGAUAUUCCAACAUCGUCAACAUCAUCAUCUCAACACACUUCGAAUGUUUUUAAAGCAUUUAUUGAGGCGAUUGAUAAGAAUGAAAUCAACGAGCGGCCCGAUCUCGAGACGCAGCUAAAAAUUAUGAAUUGGAUUUGUUCAGGUGCUAAAAAAUUGGUUAGAUUUUAA